AUGAAGGAUUUGGGUUCUCUACGAUAUUUCUUGGGUAUUGAGGUAGCCUACUCACUUAGAGGUUAUCUUCUCUCUCAAUCGAAAUAUGUUGCAGAUAUUCUUGAGCGGGCUAGACUUACUAAUAAUAAGACUGUAGAUACUCCGAUUGAGGUUAACGCAAAGUAUUCUUCUUCUUAUGGUUUACCUUUGUCAGAUCCUACUUUAUACCGUACUGUUGUUGGGAGUUUGGUAUAUCUCACUAUUACUCGUCCAGAUAUUGCAUAUGAUGUUCAUGUUGUUAGUCAGUUUGUUGCUUCUCCUACUACAGAUCAUUGGGCAGCUGUUCUUCGUACUUUGCGAUAUCUUCGGGGUACAGUCUUUCAGAGUCUUUUACUUCCAUCCACCUCUUCCUUGGAGCUGCGUGCAUACUUUGAUGCUGAUCAUGGCAGUGAUCCCAUGGAUCGCAAGUCUAUUACUGGUUUCUGUAUCUUUUUGGGUGAUUCUCUUAUUUCUUGGAAGAGCAAGAAACAAUCAAUUGUUUCUCAAUCUUUAACCGAAGCAGAAUAUCGUGCUAUGAGUUCUAUUCAGAUUGCUCACAACUCGGUUUUUCAUGAACAAACUAAGCACAUUGAGAUCGAUUGUCACCUUACUCGUCAUCACCUCAAGCAUGGCACCAUUACCUUGCCAUUUGUUUCUUCUUCUUUGCAGAUUGCAGAUUUCUUUACCAAGUCGCAUUCUAUUUCCCGUUUUCGUUUUCUAGUUGGCAAACUCUCGAUGCUUGUAGCCGCCACAUCGUGA